AGCUCUCUCCAUCUCAACACAUCCCCGGACUCAUAUCUAUCCACCCAUCACAAUGUUGUCGCUUCGUGCCCUUACUCGCUCUGUCCCGCGCUUCUCGCGCUCCGUCGCCCGCACUUCUCUGCGCCCGACUAUCCUGGCUAAGCCUGCCAUUGCGCAGCCCUGGAAGCAGACCAUCAAGCCCGCCUACGCUGCUUUCUCGACUGCCAGUGUUUUCCGCGAGCCCGCUGGUGAGGGUGACAUCGAGCUUAUUGCCAAGCUCGAGGAAGAACUGAAGCACGAGAAGGCUUCUGGCCUGGAGGAUGCCAAGGAGCAGCAGUCCAGCAUUGACUAUACUCUCGAGGCUGGUCAGUGGCAGGCCAAGGAUGUUGAGGGUGAGCAGGAGGUUGUCCUGACCAAGACCUUCGGCAACGAGACCAUCCGUGUCACAUUCACUGUCGCUGAUAUCAACAACCUCGCCGAGGACCCCUUGGACGACCUUGCCGACGAUGCCCUCGCCGACGAGGGCGAAUACCAGAACAAGCCCGCCGAGAGUGAGGAUGAGAUCCUCCCCCCGACUUUCCCUGCCCGCAUCAAUGUCACCAUUGAGAAGCCCAACAGCGGUGCUCUCCUGGUCCAGGCCGUCAUCCAGGACGGUGACCUCCAGAUCGAGGAGAUCUCUCACUUCAAGAACGCUGAGAUCGCCAACGCCCAGACUGCCGAGAAGGACUGGUCCCGCCAGAGCUUCUAUGCAGGCCCCCCUGCCGAGAACCUUGACCCUGAGCUCCUUGCUUUCUGGGGCCGCUACCUUGAGGAGCGUGGCCUGAACCUCGAGUUCCAGAACAUGGUCACCGACUACAUUGCCUUCAAGGAGCAGAAGGAGUAUGUUCGCUGGCUAGACAACGUCCGCAAGUUCGUUGCUGCUUAAAUGAUUCUUGGAAUCUAAAUCUCCCCCUUCCAUCCUCUCCCCGUGAAAUUGUCACCCACUACGUAUAUUCUCGUGGAGGGACAUUCCAAUCUUUCUCCUCUGUGUUACUCUCCUAUUUCCCUGUGAUAGCUCGCCUAGUGAAUCGGUCUGCCUUGGCGCUACUAGCUCAUACAGUCCGAACGUGUAC